AUGGAGCCUAAAAGAACGCUCAAAGAAAUCUUGAAUUCUGAAUACGUUGACGAGGACUCUAAUGAAGCUUCCAGCGAUGACAAUGAUGGAUUGGGCGUUUCUGAGGGCCCGCAGCAGGAUGAAAGCGUAGAUCCGUCUAUGUGCAUAGAAUGCAAGGAUAUGAGCACAGAAAUGAUUUGUCAGGACUGUCAAGAGCACUUUUGUGUUGUCUGUUUCGAAAUGAUUCAUCGAAAUGGACGUCGGAAGGGUCACGAAUACAUCAAACUGAGCAAUGAUAGUACCGGAAACACUCCAGAGAGUGAAAAACAGGAACAGAAACUUCAAGAUUCGCAAAAUGUUGAUCCAGCUGGUGGAGUUGCAGACUUGAAAGAGACAGAAAUGACCAAUGUUGAUGGAUCGGCGUUUACAAAGGAGGCAAGCAUGUUGGACCAAAAAAUGCUGGCCAUGCUAGCAAAACAUGCCCAUUACAUCCCUAUGAGGCUUACACCAGAAGAACGGCAUCUUCUACGACUCUUGGAGGCCGCAUUACACGUCUCGGAGUAUACGGAUCGUGUAGAUAUACUUUCUUAUAAAUCCAAGGCGAAGCGCAUUGUCGAGCAAUUGAAAGAAAUGUGCUCUGUUUUAUGCGGACUGGUUAUCGCCUCGAACCUCAAAACAGGUCAAAGACUUUUAGAAAUGAAGAACUUUAGCGACAACGCCUCCUGGUUCCAGGACAUCUUCGAGAUUGGAAGACGUUACAAGGUCAUGAACCCAGAGAAAAUGAGAGAUUCUUAUGGUAAAUUAUGUUAUAUGGUGAUGGAUUCACGUUUACCUCAAAUCGAAGAGCACAUGGAGUUCCAUCUUUUCAAGCCAAUCAAAACUGUGAGCUCCUUCUUAGAAUCGAAGAGUCAAGAUGAGGAUCGAAAGCCGCUUGGUAUUUUUGAGGAUAAAUUAAUUCUUUACGCCACAUCGCAAAUUUCUCCAGUGGGUAGAAGUCGCGCAGAGAUUAAUCGACUGAUUCGGCAAAAGGAAUCAGCCAUCGAGCGUUUGGCUUCAAAGUACAGCAACAGUUGCUGCUCAAAAGAGGACAUUCGCCAAGCUCUAUACUCAAUUGGUGAUUACAAUGCGUACAUUAACCUAAAUCGACGUCCUGUCAUGCGGAUGCUCGAAAGGCUCGAACUAUUUCAGGACCCUGCUAUUGAGUCGAAAUAUUCGCUUGGGAUCCAAUAUGGCCGCAAUGGCGCGCGUUUAACACACGAUCAUAAGAGACAGAUAAGCUACGUACACCAGUCGCUUACGUUGUGGUCCAUCAUUAUGCGUGAAAUGAUCCAUUUGUGGUACAUCGCGGAUCAAGAUUUGUUCAGUCCUACCGAGUACCGAUUGACAUCAACAGGUCAAGGUUUGAAUCGUAUCAAAGCAUGCCCAGUUUUGUACAGAGAAAUGCAUAAGAUUUUGAAUGAAAGUCGCAGCAAAUGCGACACCUGGGUAGGAUCGUCUGUCGUCCAUUUGGGCGAUGAUGCAGUUCCAAAUGCUUUAUUCUUUUUGGACAAAUACACUCAAAUUCCCUCGAUUUUGAUUCCAUUUGAUCAAACUUUGAUGAAGAUAGAUUGCCUUGCCGAAAAUGAUUCUCAGAUAGAGACAUACAUUAAUGAGAAAUAUGGUUCGGUCGAAGAUUUGAAACUCACUAUUUUACAAGAUGCGUUUGCACAUAUGUUUGAUGGAUCAGGUGCAGAUAAUUUUUACAUGAGUGGCUCCUGCAUAGAUGGAAGGCUGACGUCGGCUUGGAACCACACUAACAUGAUAUCGAAGAAAGAUUACUACAAUAUCUUCUUGAUGACAGGGUUUAUUGGUUUUAAUGGCACUGAGGGAUUCUGA